CGAGUCGCGGCGCAUUGUGGGAGGCCGGCAAGAUGGCGGCGCCCGCGAGGCACCCUCUGGUCCGGGCGGCGCGGGGCUGGUGGCGGCUCCAGGGGCUCCGGGGCCGUAAGCCGAGCGCUCGCGGCUUGACCUCGGCGGCCGUCCCCGCGAACACUGGCUCUCCAUGGCGCCUCCUGGGCGCCAUGUGCCUGCAGCGGCCCCCGCGGGUCUCAAAGCCCCUGACUCCACUGCAGGAAGAGAUGGCAGCUCUGCUGCUGCAGCUCGAGACAGAAAGAAGUCUGUAUUCAGACCACGAGCUUCGUGCUUUGGAUGAAGCCCAGAGACUGACAAAGAAGAAAGCGGACCUUUAUGAAGACGAGGAGGAGCAGGAUAUCUUGCUGGUGCAGGAUUUAGAAGAUGCAUGGGAACAGAAAUUUCUUCAGUUUAAUCUUGGAGCUCGAAUAACAGAAGCUGACAAAAAGAAUGACAGAACUUCACUGCACCGGAAAUUAGACAGGAACCUUAUCUUACUGGUCAAAGAGAAACUUGGUGACCAGGAGGUUUGGUUGCUGCCCCAGACAGAGUGGCAGCCUGGGGAGACCCUCCGAGGAACUGCUGAGCGAGCCUUGGCCUCACUGCCAGAACACAACAUGGCAGCCAAGUUCCUGGGAAAUGCACCCUGUGGCCACUACAAAUUCAAGUUCCCCCAGGCAGUGCGGACAGAGGGAAACCUCGGGGCUAAAAUCUUCUUCUUCAAAGCACUCCUGCUCACUGGAGACUUUUCCCAAGUCUUGGAGAAAAGCCAACACGUGUGGGUCAGCAAGGAAGAGCUGGGCGACUAUUUGAAACCGAAAUACCUGGCCCAGGUCAGGAGAUUUCUCUUGGACCUCUGAGGGCCUGAGCUGCUGUGGACAGUGCUCAGACAGGCCCGCGGCUGGGGCCUCAGGUCGGGGGAGAGGGCCCUGGGCCCGUGGGGAACGUCUAGCAGUAAACUCAGAUCUGAGAAAUAAACGAGUUUCUGCUG